AUGGGCAGCACUUCUUCAUACCCUGAUCCGGCUGUGAGCAUGCCGUCUCAAGCACAAGAAAUCAUCGCUGCUCUCGAUGCAGUUCACCCCGAGGCCUUUGGCGGCAACGAGGUAGAACGCCUCCGAGUACGUGCUGCAGCACGCCGACUGCUCGCCAGGCUGGAAACUCCCUACGAGCGCGCCUGGGGCUUCUGCUUUGAACACCCCGUCGUCUUUGUCGCCCUGCAGACAUGCAUCGACCUGGGCCUGUGGAAAUCCUGGACUGCCACGGGAGGUGGUGAGAAGUCGAUCGACGAGCUGGUCAAGCUCACCACUCCCACCAUCGAGACGAAUCUUCUGCGUCGUUCUUCCGCUUACUGGCGGCUUUCAAUGUGGUCGAGGAGACCGCAGAAGACAAGUUUAAACCCACACCGUUCUCGUACGCCAUCGGUGACGAGAGUACCAAGGUUCGCGCCUCACUUCAAGCAGCGACAUACCAAUACAUCGCAGCUGGCCACAACCUGCCAGUAUAUCUCGCCAAGACCCAAUACAAGGAACCCACCGACGCCAACGUGA